AGCCUGGCCCCUCAGCAUAAUUCCUGGACUAUCGCACUUAACCAACCAAAAGUGCGGAGUAUUCAACUGGCAAACCAGGUUCUUAGGGUAAAUGUGAGAUCUUUUAUUAGACCAGCUAAAUAGUUGGAAAUUUGUUCUUUGAAAGCUUUUGGGCACAAGUACCCUUCUUUGGGCACAGGGAGAGUCUGCUGGUGUUGUGUCCUCCUGGAUGGAAAAGGAGCCAACAUGCAAAAUGCAGGAAAACUGCUCUUCUGAGCCAUGUAAAAGUACAUUGAAAACUCCCCUGAAACAAUCAGCUACCUCACAUUCAGUAUUAGCAGAGAUCCAGUCUAACUCUGGACCUUUGACAACACCCCCAAAACCCAAGGAAAUCCCUCUUGGAGACCCAUGGACACCCACUACUAAUCUUAAAAUACUGAUCAGUGCGGCUAGUCCUGAGAUUAGAAAUAGGGAACAGAAAAAGGGAUUGCAAGAUAGCAGAAGUGAAAUCCUAGAAGCAAACCAUUGUUUACAGGAGCAUUUAUCAGGAGAUGAAUAUGAGAAAUCUCAGCCAAGCCGUAAAGAAAAAAGUCUAGGAUUAUUAUGUCAUAAAUUCUUAGCUCGCUAUCCUGAUUACCCCAUCACUGGAGAGAGUAAUUAUAUUUGCCUUGAUGAAGUAGCAGAAGAACUUACUGUUGAACGGAGACGCAUAUAUGAUAUUGUGAAUGUGUUAGAGAGUCUGCAUAUGGUGAGCCGUCUAGCCAAAAACAGGUAUGCUUGGCAUGGCCGUCAUAAUCUCAACAAAACCCUGCAGACUUUGAAAAAAGUUGGUGAAGAGAACAAAUACAUGCAACUUAUUCAGCUGAUCAAGAAGAGAGAAUAUGAAAAUGAGUUUGAAUUGGAUGGUGAGAAAAAUGAGGAGACAGCAACAAAAACGAUUGGCAUAAAUGAGCAUUCAGAAAUGUGUUUUAUUGAACUUCCAGGGAUGGAAUUUCGUGCUGCUUCAGUAAACAGCAGAAAAGACAAGUCUUUAAGAGUAAUGAGUCAGAAAUUUGUGAUGCUCUUUCUUGUAUCAACUCCUCAAAUAGUGAGCCUUGAAGUUGCAGCUAAAAUUUUGAUUGGAGAAGACCAUGUGGAAGAUUUAGAUAAAAGCAAGUUUAAAACCAAAAUUAGGAGACUAUACGAUAUAGCUAAUGUUCUCAGUAGCCUGGAACUUAUCAAGAAAGUUCACAUUACAGAGGAGCGAGGCAGAAAACCUGCAUUCAAAUGGACAGGACCAGAGGUUUUAUCAGAUAUUCAGGGUACAAAACCUAUAUCUACUGUUUCUGCCUUCAUCCCAUCUCAUUCUUUAGAACCUAAACCUUCUAAAGAACAGUGUUCAAAAAAUCUCUUCCCAGCAAGAGGCAAGCAGAUCUUCACUCGCCACCCAUCUCUAAUGAAGCUAGUCAAGAGUAUAGAAAGUGACCGGAGGAUCCAUUCUGCUCCUACCAGCCCUGUUAAAACAAGUACAACAGGCUGUGAUCAAAAUUCUUCAACUUUCCCAAGUAAAAUGGCUCAGCUUGCAGCAAUUUGCAAACAGCAGCUAGAAGGACAAUCAAGUGAACUGAAGAUGAAAACGAAAUUGACAUCUAAUUUGGAAUGUAACUUGGCAGCUCCUGAAUCUAUUUUGAAAUCUGAAACUUACACUACCUCUCCAAGUCCAUCUCUUGUUCAUUCACUAGGGGUCCUGCCUCUGAGCCACAAUUCAAUGUCUCCAGUAAUGCUACCUCAUCCCCAUGCUGGUGUUUCAUAUACAAUAUAUCUCCAUCCUUCUCAAACCCAAACUGCAACUACAUAUAGCCCAAGUUUUGUGUUACAGUCAGUACCCUGUACUAAUGUGACUGGAGUUAAAACUGCUUUGGAAGUUAACUCAAAAGUACCAUUUAGUAAAAUGACCACUGAGGAAGGGGAUGGUAAUGUAGUUAAAAAUGACACAAACUUCUUAAAUGCAAAAGAGAAAAAAGUUACAAAAAUUGAAUCUACACCACGGAGCUUUCUUAAAAGAUCACAAGCAUUACAGGAAAACAAUUUAAUUAAAAAAUGCAAACAUGGUCAGAAGAGUCUUGGUGUUCCUAUGGGAGAGUCUGUCAAGAAUGAAAGACCAUCUUCUAGAGCUUUGCAUGUAGAUACUGAAGUCGUCAGUUUUCAAGAAAGAGGACAGAUCAAAUUUGAAAAACUAGACCAAAAUAUGGAAUGUUGUUGUGACAAAGAAAGGAGAGAAGGUUUUCCAGAAGAUCGAAGCAAAACCAGUAAUACACAAGAGAGACCUGUCCCAUUUGCUGUUCAUGCUCAUGAGGCUUUGUUUCCAUCGGGGUAUCUCAUUCCUAUUGCUCGGUGCACCCAACAUAGCAACGAGACAAUGUUUUCUAAUAAGGAAAAAGCUGGAAUAUGUUCAUUACAACCGGCAACCUACAGUUCACCUAUUACUGGUGUCAUUCCAGUGACAGCAUCUGAGCUCACGGCAGUUAAUAUUCCUGCUUUCCACGUAACGCCCAUGAAUAUAAUGGUAUCACCAUCUUCUAUAGCUGCUGCACCUGUAGUAAACAGUUCGUGUCUUAAUUCAGGCCAUACACAUUCUGUCCAAAAUCCAAGUUCUUCCAUUCUGAACUUUACACUACAACACUUAGGAUUGAUACCUGCUGGUGUGCAGGUUUCUGGAAAUCCUGUUCUUCAGUCUCUGCCAAUCUCUCCGAAAGCAGAACAUGUUAAUACAGUCUCAGAAAAUGUGAACUUGCAACAAGGAAAAGUGGUUAAAAAUGAAUCUCAGAUUCUUGAUUGUGAGCUGAAUGGAAAAUCAGUUGCAGUAAUUCCUUUACAGCAGCAGCCUAGUGUUCCAGCAAAACCUAAGGAGUCACAAGUAGUGACUGAAAAUUUCUUCCGCACUCCAGGAGGACCAAACACAAUUGCUAGUUUAUCUUCAUUUCCUGAAAAUUCAGAUAGAGCUUUUCAAAGAACCUUGACAAUUCCACAAAGAAAACUUGAAGUGUCAGAUGACUAACUUUUGAAUGGAUAUCAAGCCAUUGGACCAGGUUAACAUGGAUAUAAUUUAUAGUAUAACACUCUGAUGACAUCUUGGUAUUGUAAUUUGGAAGGUGUGUGCCUGGAAAAUUAAUUGUAAAUGUAUUGGAAAAUCCAGAAUACUAGAAUAGCCUUAUUUAUUAAAAGUUUAGGAUUAAAACAGCUCUUACUAUAAGUAAGUUUUUAAAAUGUCCAUUAAUUUCUCCAAAAGGCUUACCUAAAGUAUUAAAAAGUUAUGCACUCUGUCUUAUUCUGUAUAACAGUACAAAAUAAAGUAAUCUGUAAGUCCAUAAUGCUCUAUACAGAAUUUGGCUAAAUAUACACAGGUACAGUAUAUCAGUACAUUUUGCACAAUGGAAGUACUGGGAUUAAUAUACGGUCUCUUAAUAGAAUGGCUGUAGUUUAAAAUUUGUUUCUCUUAUUCCUUUGUUCUUUCAAUAAUGCUCUUGUAAAGUUAGUAAAAAAAUUUAAUCAAGUCUAUGUAAAUUAAGAUUUAUUUAUAAUGUAUUUUUAAUCAAUUUGUU